AUGUGGGGCGCCCGGGCGGCGGCGGCGGCGGUGGUGGCGGUGGCGGUGCCGCGGUGGUGCCGGGCACUGCACGGCUCCGCCGCCCUGGGCGCCUCCAGGAACCUGCUGCUGCGGAAAAUGCUCCGCAAGAACAAAAAGAAGUUUUGGUAUGACAGCCCUACCCUGGGAUCUAAAAUGAUGUAUAAACCAACCAAGUUGGAUGCCCUAAUGAAAAAUGAGCAGACAAAAACUAGGAAAGAAGAUAACAUACGCUGCAGAGUCUUGAAUGGUCUUAUUCAUAAAGCUAUGUCACAGAUGGUGACUACCUGUGAAGUCAGUCAAGAAUUUUAUGAUCUCAAGCUGGAAAUCUGCAAGGUGUCCUUGUCAUCAAAUUUUUCAGCAUGUCGUGUGUACUGGAAUCCUGCUGCUACUAUGGAGAAAGAAAGUUAUGUGGAAAGUGUGCUGCGGAAGAGCGCUCCACGUAUACGGUAUCUUCUGAAGAGUCAGCAGAUUGUAGGAAAUGUACCCCCAAUAAUAUUUAUAAAAGACAAAGAAGCUGCAGCUGUGAAAGAGGUCGAGGACUUAUUGGCAAUUGCUGAUUUUGGACCUCCUGAAGAAGAAGAAAUAUUUGAAAAUGAUUCAAGUAAACUGUUCUCUUCAGCAACUCAAUCUUCAGGGCCACCCACACGGUCUAAUCUGUUUGGUAUUGAUCAUGAACUGCUGAAUAAACAGAUAAUGGACUAUAAAAGACUGAAAGUGUCAAGACAUACAGAAAGUAUUCCCUGGACAGAAGAGCAGGAGCAGCAGCUUUCUAAGAUUCAGAAGAAAAUGAGAAAGAGAAAAGCAAAGAAUCCUGAUGAUGAUGACGUUACACCACAGAAAUACUUACUGGACAAAUAUGAGGCUGAUUACUGGGAUGAUAACACUGGAUCGGUUUCAGACUAUGAGUUGGAGGAUGAAUUAGAGGAAGAAGUAAAGGAAUUGGAGAUGGAUGAUGACAAACAUUUAAGUCAUCCUGCUGACAAACUGAAAUGAAGUGAAAAAGCCACUCCCUUCAAAAUGGAGGAUACCAAUAGCAAAAGAAAAAGACUGCCAUAGAUACUGAAAGAUUGUUUACCUGUUUACCACUUCCAUAUGUAAGAAAAACAAAAAUGCCAUUUGUGACAUUCUGUUAAGCACCUUUCAAGCUGCUACAGUUGUGGAACUUUGAACAAGAGAGCAAUUUUAUAAUAACAUACACCAAUUGCAGCACUGAGGUAAAACUUCUUGCAGUUGUGCUGAUUAUUUCCAAUAAAAUUAUGGUUUCUAUAUUGCAA